AUGAGCACCUAUACCCAAAUACAGGCCCGUCCCCCUCCAGCUGCACUAGGACGCAAAAAUUCGUUCUUCGGCGCCAUCAAGAAUAUUGUCACUGCCCCACUCUCAUGGUUUGGUGGCAGCGAAGAAGACUUUGGCGAUAGCGACGCCAGAGGAAAGCGAAGGCGGCUACCCAUUGCCUCUGAGCAAACUCGCGAUGACUCUGACUCUGACUCGGAGCAACGGACCAAGAGAAUGAGAAUGGGCAGCCCCAACAGAGAUAAGCAACCAUACCUUGAUCCCCCCAGAUCAGCCUUCAUACAGCAUCAUAAGACAUCUGAAGGUGUACGCAUCCAAAAUCACCCCCUCCGUGUCCCUACUGCCACACCUCGCAAUAGACGCACGAUGUCCCCUUACCCAAGUGGAUCGCAGCUCAAGGCACAGCCGUCUGUGCGUUACUCCGGUUCGCCAGCCCGGUUGCAGCCAGUUCCCACUAUGCAAGAUCUUACCGAGGAGAAAGAUGCCAUGUCCAUCAGCAGGGAACCGUCCAUGUCAAACCUUCGUAUGCGUACGUCUGUUACACCCCAGCCCUCAGGUUCCGAUUUCGGCCCCGUCAUUCCCCCUCGCCGGGAGCGCGAUCCAACUGAACCGCCACCACUUACGACAUUGAUGUCAAACCCCAUGUUUGUCAAGCCCCCGCCUGGCUUGCAGAAGCUCACAACUGCGGAAAUGACCAGACAAGCAACUCUUGGCUCAUUGUUAGACUCUCAGCGUAAGCAAACCAGUUCACCUGUCCGACGGGGGUCUGUUCUGUUUGGCACAGGAUCCAUGACAGACAUAUCCGCUCCCCAUCUUUGGCCGAUCAACCCCGCCGAGAAGGCCCUGCAUGAGCUUGAGGUAUACAAAACUCCCCUUCUUCCCUCCCGCCUCAAGGGUGCACCGAUCCCGGAUACUUUUAUAUCCAAGAAGAGCCGCCCUAUCACUCUCAUGCAUGACCGGGACCGAGAGCGUAAGAAGGGGAAAGGCAAGAACAAGAUGAAGGAUCGAGACGGUGUCAAUGGGACAAAGCCAUACGCGGGUGAGGGUGAGGAGGCGGUGCGAGCGUAUGAGGAGGCCGAUCGAGAGAAGGAGAAAGAGCGGACGAUGGAGGAAGACGAAAGCGCUGAAGCUGAGGCUGAGAGGUUGAACGAACAACAAAAGAAAGCACAGGAGGAAGAGGCACAACUCAAGAAACAGAUGGAAGUUGCGGUAGUUCCGAAGGCGCCUACAUUCGAGCCGAAACUCAAUGCUACAAGGGAAAUGUCGUCUCUCCGCCGCCCGACAGCAAAGCGCACAAAUAAGUUCUCUGCGGCAGCCGCACUUGAGGAGGCUGCAAAGAAAGUACCCGUGUUCGAAAUCCCUGCUGGGUUCACGUUUGCAAAAGAGACGUCCAUAUCUCAUGAUAUCACAGGUGCAAAAGAACCUCCCAUCAGCGCGCUUCCGUUUUCAUUGUCUAAACCGACUGCACCUGCGGCUAAGCCGGUCCCAGCACCCGAGCCCUCUGUAACACCCGCUCCAGCACCUCUCAAAACAGAGGCGCCUGCCCUUCCCACAAGUGCCUCUAGUAUUCCCAAUUUCUUUGCUGAUACGGUUGCGUAUGCCAAGCCGUUGGCCGUCACUACUCACUCGGGAUCUUUUGGCGCACCCCCUCCUGCUCCAAAGGUCACUGAGGCGUCUACUUCCUUGUUUGGUACACCUGUAAUUGCUCCUCAAAUAUCUGCCACAUCAUCCUCUGCGCCUGCUACGACUUCUAUCACUCCAAUUUUCGGCCCUUCUUCCACUAGCACUGGCACCUCAUUUGGUGUUCUAGCACCACCAAAAGCAGCGCCUGCAGCGAUAGAGUUGACGCAUCCAUAUGCCUCUACCCCUGCACCGUCCUCUUCGCCAUUUUUGUUUGGCGCUUCAACUGCACCUGCUGAAAUCGCCCCUGCCAAAGAAGUUCCAAAGCCAGCGGAACAAGAAGCAAGCAAACCUCCGUCGCUCUUUGGAGCUACCUCACCUGCCGUUUCCUUCGGCUUUGGCACACCCGCCGUUUCUGUACCUGCAGCUGAGCCGUCCAAGCCUGGAUUCUCUUUUGGGGAACAUGCGCCGACGCCUGCGAUGACAGAGCCAUCGAAGAGUGCUUUCUCAUUCAGCGGGCCCGCAUCUUCUACUACCCCUACGCCCGUACCUGCUCCUGUGAUAGAAACUCCCAAACCAUUUUUCGGGAAGCAAGACACAACCUCGACGGCUGGAUUUCCGUUCGGCCCACGCCCCAGUACUGCGCCCGCAGAGGAGAAACCUGCCUCGGUGCUUCCGCCUUUCUCAUUUGCGUCUGCUUCGCCUGCCCCAGCUGAGAAGAAGCCAUUCACCUUUGGUACCCCUUCUCCUGCACCACCUACUACUUCAGCCAAGCCAUUCAGCUUCGGGCAUGCCAAUGCGGGCAGCAAUGCUGCUGACACGAGCAAACCGUUCAAUUUUGGGCAGUCUGCUCCUGCUCCUGCACCCGUGCGUCCUGCCACGCCACCAAAAGCAGACCAGGAGAUUAGCAUGGAUGAGAGCCCGAGUCGUGACAUGAAUAUCAACGGGAAGGCACCAGAACGGCCAAUACUCGACUUUUCUUCUUUCAUUGGUGCCAGCAGCACCCCCGCAGGGAGCACCCUCUUCGCGCAGAGCCCUGCUACGGCAACAGGUCCUGGAUUCGGAUUCGGUACAGCUAGUGCCAAUCCAUUCUCGAAGCCAGAGGACAAGGAAAAGCCGGGGAUGGCGUUUGGCUCCGGGAACUUUGGCCAGCCUUCUAGCUCAGGCUUUGGAUUUGGGCAGGGCGCAACUGAAACACCUGCCGCAGCAUCUACAGCAGCAUCACCUAACGUGGCGCCGACCCCAGGGUUUGGAUUCAACCAGACCGCAAGCAACGCAUUUGGGCAACAGCAAAACACAUCGUCAGCACCAUCCAGGACAUCAUUCUCUUUUGGCACACCCGCGUCUACGCAGCCUGCUGCAUCUUCGUUUGCGUUCGGGGGUAGUCAGCCUGCGUCCCCGGCUACCCCUUCUGGCGGGCUUCCACAGUCCUCAGGCGGUGCGUUUACAUUCGGUCAGUCGGGUGCAGCGCCAGCUGCAACGCCAAAUUCAUUUGCUCCUACUGCCGCUUCAUCUGGCGGAGGCGCUCUAUUUACCAUCGGUGCUGCUCCUCAGCCUGAUGGAAGACAAAUCAAGAAGCUCCCUCGUCGUGGAGUUGGGAGACGUUAA